AUGCGUCAUUUCUUAACAGCUCUCAGGCACAAAAAGCGUUGUCUCCUCCGUCGACUGAACCCCUCUUUCUCGAUUCGAUUGGCCUCAGCCCACUACAAACCCCAUAAACCACCGCCUCCACAAGCACCACCAACACCCCCAAAGCCACCACAAAAACCCGCCACCUUCACUCUCCAUGACCACACGUGGGAAGAUCCUUACAGCUGGAUGUCCAAUCUCAACGAUAAAGUAGCGAUGCGUCACAUGGACGUGUAUAUGGAGCAAGAAGAGAAGUACACUGAAGCUGUUUUAGCAGACACCGAUCGCCUCCAAUCCAAACUCCAAUCAGAAAUGGCAUCUCGCAUGUCUUCUCAUCUCUCCACUCCUCCAUUUCGCUGGGGGCCCUGGUUGUAUUACAGGAGAGUGGAGGAAGGGAAACAAUAUCCAGUACUCUGUAGGAGAUUAGCUAGCUUAAACGAAGAGUUCAUUUCACAUAAAAGUCCAACAGGUGGGUUCGAUUUCAUCUCCGGGAAGAGGAUUGAACAAAAACUCAUCGAUUACAAUCAAGAAGCAGAAAGAUUUGGGGGUUAUGCAUACGAAGAGGUAUCAGAAGUCUCACCUGAUCAUCGGUUCAUUGCAUACACCAUGUAUGACAAAGACAACGAUUUCUUCAAAUUAUGUGUGAGAGAUUUGAAUUUAGGUUCUCUUUGUAGCAAGCCACAAGCUGAUUGGGUCUGUAAUGUGGCAUGGGCUAAAGGGGGUCAAGCAUUGCUAUAUGUUGUCACUGAUCAAAAAAAGAAGCCCUACAGGAUAUAUUGUAGCAUGCUUGGAUCAAAGGAUGAAGAUAUGAUACUCUUAGAAGAACCUGAAGAAAAUGUGCAUGUUAACAUCAGACAUACAAAGGAUUUUAAGUUUGUGACUGUUUAUGUGUUUUCAACCACAUAUUCAAAGGUUUUUCUGAUCAAUGCAGCUGAUCCUCUCUCUGGUUUAACACUCGUGUGGGAAUGUGAAGCUUGUGCACAUUGCAUUAUCGAGCAUCAUCAAGGCUAUCUUUAUCUUUUUACUAAUGCUAACAAAGAAGGGAAUUCGGUAAAUUACCAUUAUAUCCUUCGUAGCCCUCUUCACUCUUCAAGUCCAAGAAAGUGGGAGAAUGUGUUUAUUGAUGACAAUGACUUGGUGAUUGAGGAUGUUGACUUUUGUGACUCACAUUUGGUGCUUAUUGUUAAAGAAGGUGAAAGAUUCAGACUUUGUUCAGUUGCAUUGCCUCUCCCAAGAAAUAAGGAUGUGUUCCAUCUUAAAGAGCUGGGAUUACAUUUUCUUCCUCUUCCAGAAUCUGUUUCCCAGAUUUCACCUGGACCAAAUUAUGACUUUUAUUCACCAAUCAUGCGAUUUACAAUUUCAUCACCUGUGAUGCCUGAUGCAGUUGUUGAUUAUGAUUUAUCAAAUGGGAAAUUUGAAAUCAUUCAACAACAAAACCUGCUUCAAGAAAGAACGCGUGUUUUAUAUGGUACAGCUUCUUCUGUGGGACCCACAAUGGAUAAAAAAUCAAGUAGUAAUAAAGAUGGGGAGUCAUAUUCAUGGAAUGAUCUUUCUGAGUUUUAUGGUUGUGAAAGUCAUGAAGUGGUUUCUAGUGAUGGAGUCAAAGUUGGUUUGACUAUUGUUUAUUCACAUAAAAGGAAAAAAGAAGGUGAAAAUCCUGGAUUGCUUCAUGGACAUGGUGCUUAUGGUGAAUUGCUUGAUAAAAAAUGGUGUAAUGAGUCAAAAAGUCUUCUUGAUCGUGGUUGGAUUCUUGCAUAUGCUGAUGUUAGGGGUGGAGGUGGGAGAGGAAAGAAAUGGCAUGAAGAUGGAAGAAGCAUUAAAAAACAUAAUUCAAUUAAUGAUUAUAUUUCAUGUGCAAAAUUUUUAAUUAAUAAUAAAAUUAUACACCAAAAUAAGUUAGCAGGUUGGGGAUAUAGUGCUGGAGGCCUCUUAAUUGCUUCAGCUAUUAAUUUCUCUCCACAAUUAUUUCGCGCCGCUAUUUUAAAGGUUCCAUUUUUAGAUCCGAGUAACACUCUUGUCCACCCUAUUCUACCACUUACUCCUGCUGACUAUGAAGAAUUCGGAUACCCUGGAGACAUUGAUGACUUUAAAGCAAUAAGACGAUUUUGCCCCUAUGAGAAUAUUCAAAAUGGUGUUCUUUAUCCAGCGGUUUUGGUUAGCUCUUCUUUUAAUACAAGAUUUGGAGUAUGGGAAGCUGCAAAAUGGGUUGCAAGGGUACGUGAAAGAACAAUAUAUGAUCCAAAUCAUCCGAUUCUUUUGAAUUUAACAACAAAUUUAGUUGAAGAAAAUAGAUAUUUACAAUGUAAAGAAUCGGCUUUAGAAGCUGCUUUUUUAUUAAAAAUAAUGGAUUCUUAA